AUGCCUCAACCAUCAGCGGUAGUUAGUGGUAGCAAGGCCACUGCUCGAGGUCAACUGGGCCCACUUCCAUCCAUUCCUUUGCAAUGUUUGGCUCCAAUCGAAGGCAAGCUGUCCACAGACGCCGAUUUAUCUGCUCGGAAUGUGACUCAUCGAUCUCUCAAAGUGUUUGAAGAGAUUGUCGCCAAGUCGACGCAGAUCUUGAAGAAAAAAGUAUCUACGCCAAGUUACAAUGCACUUGGUGCAUUAAACUUGCAAAUGGGAGGUGGAGGCUCCAUCUCCAGCGCUCAGCAUUCCGUGUCGAUGCAGUACAGUCGAGGUUACGCGUAUUACCGCUUGCACCAAUACGCUCAAGCUGCUGAAGAUUUCUUAGAGUGUUCACGCAGCGAUCCAGAUCAUGCUGCGUCUGCACUUUACAACCGCGGCUGUGCCUUGUACAAACUAGGUAAGCAUGCCGAAGCGAUCAAGGAUUUGAGCAAGGCACUGAAACUUGACUCGAAAAAUCCCCUUUUUGUCGAAAGUCGAGCUCGAGUUCUCAAGGAAAUGGGUAAAUUUGAGGAAGCCAUCCUCGACUACUCUUGGCUUGAUACGCUUCGUCAUCCGACAGCACAGGCUACGGAUACGAACCAGACGCUCCUAUUAGAGUCCGUGUGUACUCCUGUCCAACCCACGAAUUCGUCGGCCGCGUUGGCAUACGAAGCCCAAGAGAGCAGUACGAAAGCUUGGCUCGAACAGUUCUUAAAGCAGAGUCCAGGAAGAACACGUAAUAAUGCCGAUGUGGUUGAGGCAGCACGUCUAGCUCGCUGUUGGGGUUUCUUUCGAGGCAUGCGACCUGCUAUGAUCGAGCGGUGUAUGCGGAACGCCACGUAUUAUCGUUUCGAGAAUGAUCAGGUUGUUGUCGAACAAGGAAAAAUUUCGUCAAGUUUUCACGUUGUACUGGACGCUGUGGCGUCUUUAGUGAAGACUGUCAAGUUUCAAGGACCAAGUUUACGGGAGCUAAGCACACUCUAUCAAGGUGAUACGAUCGGACUCGAGCCGUCGAGCGCGACUAAUGUUGACGGCCGACUUGUCAUGCUCCGAAAUCGAGCACAGCGCCAACAAAUGCUGCGUCCUCGUAUUGGCUCAAUUAGUUCUCCACUAAUGGCGUCAAUGCGCCUUCCGAAAGGCUUUCAGCCCAAUAGCUUCGGUUCGACAGCUCGAGCCGUCCAGAGUACGCUACGACCGAAAGAAAUAGCAACUUUUUCCUGCAUGGGUGAGGUGAGUUGCAUGCUGCUGGACGUGGAUGUUUACUUAAAUAUCUUGAGGGAACACGAGGAGCGAGUGCUGGAAGAACGCCUGCAAUUCCUGCACCGUUGUCACGCUUUCGGAACGUGUUCCGAAGAGAUGCUGGCAGCUCUCGCUGCAGUUUCGGGAUCAAAGCUCGUCGAUCCGAAUAAAGACGCACUGAAAGCUGGCGAGGUGGUGAAGCAGCUUUACGUUAUCAAGAAAGGAGUAUGCCACGUGGUGAAGAAGAUCGCGGUUCCUAAUGUUUCUCAUCGGACUUCGCUGCCUUCCAGACUUGGUGGCAGUAAAUCCGAAGACGCACUAACGUCUCGAUCGAGUGAUGGUUCUUGGGUGCUGGACAACGGCUGGAUGCUCACGAAUCCUCGGCUUGUUAGCAACGCUCAAGUGUUAGUUGCUACGAAGUCGCAACACUCGGAAGAAGUUACAGUUGCUGUACUUGCAAGUGGCCAACUUUUUGGUGAACUGAGCGUGUUGCAACCAGGUCAACACUCCCCCGUCACUGUUCGGACGCAAACGCUCGUCGAGUUGCUUGUCUUCGAAGAGGAAGACUUGAGUCAACUACGAGUACAGUAUAUGAGCGGAACCAUGAAUGCGUUGCAGGAAUCUCUGCUGUUUCACAACCCGCCACAUCAGAAACUUACUCAACUUCGUUGCGAUCUUACACACUGGACUCGUGAGAAGCGGAAUGUGCUGGAAGAGCUUUUUCCUCCGGAUUCUCCAGUGACAAAGUCUCCGAAAAAGAGCCUGAAGUCCAAGAAAGCAGUUAAGAUCAAGAAGACUGUGCUACCAGCUCCAGAGCCAACUGUGGUAUCUCCCUUAGCACAUCCUCGACCUUUGACGUCGCCAACUAAGAGGCAAACGAGGAGGAAGGACGAGCACGCUAGACGCAGCAUGAUCUACUAG